AUGUUUCCACCGCCCCCCGCCGCUCUCGACUGGAACGACAUCGGUUUCAAAGUGCGCGAUGUCAAUGGCCAUGUCGAAUGCCACUUUUCCCACGCCGGCAAUGGCCAGUGGUCGCGCCCUCGCUUCGUCGCCUCGCCCUUCAUGACCAUCCACGGAAUGGCACCGGGCCUGAACUACGGCCAGCAGGUCUACGAAGGACUGAAAGCCUUCCGCCACGCAGAAAAUGGUAAAAUUACUAUUUUUCGUCCCGAUCGUAACGCAAAACGCAUGCAGGAUUCGGCCGAGGUCGUCUCUAUCCCGCCAGUUCCGGAAGACCUAUUCCUUGAGUGCGUGGCGCUGGCCGUUGGGGCCAAUGCCGAAUUUGUGCCGCCGCAUGACUCUGGCGCGGCAAUGUACGUGCGUCCGCUACUGUUUGGUUCUUCGGCACAGCUCGGAUUGAGCCCUCCAGAUGGGUAUACACUGGCGGUGUUUGUCAUGCCGACGGGGGUGUACCACGGUGCGCAUGCCGUGGACGCACUGAUCCUAGAGGACUUUGAUCGUUCUGCACCGCAUGGAACCGGCAAUGCCAAAGUCGGCGGCAACUAUGCCCCCGUCUUGCGACAUAGUGAUAAGGCUCGGAACGAGGGAUUCGGGAUUACGCUCCAUUUAGAUAGUGCGACGAGGAGCGAGAUCGAUGAAUUCUCAACCUCCGCCUUCAUUGGCGUUAGACGGGACGGCAAUAAUGUGACUGUCGUUCAAUCGGACAGUCGAAAUGCAAUUGAUUCAGUCACCGCUGCGUCUGUGGGAGAUAUUGCACGGAAACUGGGCUAUCGUGUUGAGAAACGCAGGGUUGCGUACGAAGAACUAGGCCAGUUCGACGAGGUCUUUGCAGCUGGCACUGCGGCAGCACUGGUGCCUGUCCGGAGUAUCACGAUGCGUUCAAGGGGAGAUAGAUUCGAGUAUCGCUCCGGCGAUCAGGGCCAGGGUGGCGAGGUUUGCGUAAAGCUGUUGCAGACGCUGCGAGGCAUUCAGUCGGGCGCGAUCGAAGACGAUAUGAAGUGGAAUUACGAGGUCUCGGCGCCGCCCAAGGAGUGGUUGGAAGAGGGAGUUGCUGAAAAGUCCGACAGCGGUGCAAAUGUGCCUUGA